AUGUCUUCAUCAUCACGUCUCUAUGAUAAAUUAGAAAAAUGUAAACAAAAUAAAGAUUUUUAUCAAGCACAUCAAAUUUGUCGUACAAUAUUUGUUCGCCUUCGUUCAUCAACAGAUGAAACAAGUAUUUUAAAAUUUCUUUUUGAAUCAGCCUGUUAUUUUCUUGAACAUAAUCAAUCCAAUAGUGGCUAUGAUUUAUGUAAAUGUUAUAUAGAAAUAUUAAAUCAUUCAAAAAUAAAUGAUUUAACUGAUAAUCUUAUUCAACAAAUAUGUACUUUAUAUCAAUUAUUAAAAUCUUAUUAUGAUGAACGAACUGAAUUUGCUUGCAAUGCUUUACGUUGGUCAUCACAUAUCCGUUAUGAUGAACAACAAGAUGAACAAUUACCUAAUAUACGUUCAGAAUCAAAUUCAUCAUUUUCCGCGACAAUAUUUUCAACAUUAACUGAAUCAAAUUCAACAGAACCAACAAAACGUCAUAUUUAUCAUAAAUCUGGUCAUCCGAAAUUACAUGAAGCAUUUGCACGUAUACUGUGGGAACAAGAAAAAAAUUAUAAAGAUAGUCGUUAUCAUUAUUUACGAUCCUAUGAUGGACGAUCAUUUGCAAUAAUGUUAAUUGAAGCACAUCAAACACUUGGUUAUCCAUCAGAACUUGAUUUAUUUAUUGCACAAACUGUUUUACAAUAUUUAUUAUUACGCAAUUUUCAUGCCGCUUAUCUUGUUUUUGUAACUUAUGUUGAAGAGCAUCCAAAAAUUCGACAACCACCACCAGGACCAUUUAAUCAAGUUUAUCCAAUGUUAAAUUUUCUCUGGUUUCUUUUAUCAUGUUUGAAAAAGACACUUGUUAAAGCACCAACAAAUAAUAAUAAUAUAGGUAGUGGAGAACCAAAUCAGCGUUUAGAUGCAUUACCAUCGUCAGAAACUACUCGUUGUUUUUCAACAUUGGUUAAUGCAUAUAAACCAUCACUUGAACGUGAUUCAACAUUAGUUCAAUAUGUUGAACGAAUUGGUACAUUAUUUUUUGGUAUAAAACAAAAAUCCGCACCAUCAUCAAAUCCAUUAGAAAAUCUCAUGCAUUCAUUAACAGCCAAUAUGUCAAAUGGUGCUCGUGCAGGACAUCACCAACAUCAACAUCAAACCGAUUUAGAUCUUGAAGUUGAUUAA